UGAGGGGGCAGGUCUUGUUGUAGUGGGCUCUAUUACUGCCUUGGCAGGUGAUGCUGUAGCUCACACGGGGCUUGAAGAAGCCUCCCUGCUUAUCUGGUUAUAAUUAUAGAGAGGUGACCUGGUUUCAGCACCGCGGCUCGUCAACAGCUCCAGAGUACAGCGGAGAUUUGGCCAGCCCCUCCCCGCCCCGGUGCGUCUAACAGAGCGGGUAACCAGGGCGCAGCCUCCACGGCGGUUUCAGCACCAGUAUAGCGCGGCCGGAGUGGAGCGGAGCUGUCCAGCACUUUUCUUCUAGGGGGAGGGAAAGAGAAAACACAAGACAAAGCAAAGACAUCCAGGUUGAAGGCUAUCUUCCUCCUGGACAAGUCUUUCAAGGAUGGCGUCAAAAUCAGUUAGCCUUUUCGUCCUUUUCCAGCUUCUAGCUCUGAAUGUAGUGAUCCAGACAUCUGCCUUCCCCACACCUACAGCCUCAGCGGACGAUAAAACCGUGUACAACAGACAGUUAACAGAAGAAAGACCAGUACAAGAGCAGAUUGCUGAAGCGGACAGUGUGAAGGCUGCAGUGCAGUCAGCUGAGAGCAAGCGUCCCACUGCCUCCAAGGACACAGAGUCACAGCAGGACCUUGAUGAUUUAACAGUGCUGAAGUCGCUGGCUGAUGGCCAGAAAUCAAAGGAGGCCACCGUGGUGCCGCUUAAGAAGGAAGACCAGUUCGUUCCAGACGAAUCAGAUUCAACUAAAAGCCGACGUCUGGCUGAGGACUAUGACUCCACAAAGAACGGGAUGGACUAUGGCAAGUACCAGGAUGACCCAGAGAGUUUCCGUCAGGUUGACGGCACUCCGCUGACAGCAGAAGACAUCGUCCAGAAGAUCGCAAACAAGAUAUACGAGGAGGAUGACAGAGGGGUGUUCGACAGGAUCGUCUCCAAACUGCUCAAAUUGGGGCUGAUCACAGAUAGUCAGGCAGAUACUCUGGAGUACCAGGUGGCCGAGGCUCUCCAGGAUCUUAUCAGCAAAAACGCCAAGAACAACGAGAUUGAGGACAUUGAAAGCAACGACCAAGAAACCAGAAGAGAGGAGGAUGAACAGGGUUCAGACGCAAACGCGGACACAUGGGAGCCACCCAGGAGCCGCUACAACGAAGACGAGGAGGACGAGGAAGGUGAUGGUGAUGAGAUUGAGGAUGAGGUGGACAGGGAUGUAGAAGAAGACGGGGGCGACACAGCUGAUGACACCUGGGACAAAGACACUGAAGAGGGCAAUGAGGUGAGGCCUGAAGACGGACUCCAGGAUCUGCAGUAUUUCCCGAACUUCUACCGUCUGCUCAGGAGCCUCGACUCAGAUCAAAACACUCAGGAGAGGGAGACAUUAAUCACCAUCAUGAAGACGCUGAUUGACUUUGUGAAGAUGAUGGUGAAGUACGGCACCAUCACGCCAGAGGAAGGAGUUUCCUACCUGGAGAACCUGGAUGCUAUGAUAGCCAUGCAGACGAAGAACAAGCUGGGCAAGUCUCUCGGGCCUCCUGACUUCAGUGGACCCAAUGGAAAAAACUUGGAUGAGGAUGACAACACCAAGGCCGAGGCCGCCAAGAUGCAGAAGGAGUACGAAAAUUUGAAAGACUCAACCAAGGAGGAGCAGCCAUCAACUGAGACCAAUCAGCCCGGCAAGUCAGAGACUUAUCUGGAGGCCAUCAGGAAGAACAUUGAGUGGCUGAAGAAGCACAGCAAAGAAGAAGGCAAAGAUGAUUAUGACCUGUCCAAGCUGAAGGACUUCAUGGACCAGCAGGUUGAUUCAUACAUUGAGAAGGGCAUCAUCGCCAAGGACGAAGGAGACACCAUCAAGAGGAUCUACAGCAGCCUGUAACACCGUAACACCUCUCCUGGCUUAAACCGCAGGACUGAAUCUGACACACUACUACACUUUUAUCUCCAGCAAAACCCUCACUACUUACGGUUAUUUCCCAUGGCAUGGUAAAGUAUAUACUGUGUAUUCGAUAACUACCUGCUUAGGGGAAUUUAUUCUCACCCACCCACACAUUCCCAAAAUGUAUCAAGAAGGGAUUUAAUAGUACUAUCAUCAUAAAAGUCAAAUUACUCUUUACAGCUACCUAACUGAUUAUAUUUGCACGCUAAGAUCACGCAGUAAUAAUCACUAGAGUGUUAUUGAGAGAGAAAUCAAAGUAUUUUAUGUAACCAACUCAUCCAACUAAAUGCUAGCAUUUACUCCAACCUGACUCCUGGGGGAACUGAAUGUGAUGAGAGUAUGAUGCUGUAGCUUUGUCAUCACCUACCGUCUCUGAGCUUUUUUCUUUUUGCAACUUACACAUAUAUCAAAUUGUACUCAGACUCUGUGUAACCUGUCUUAGCCUAUUAUAUUUCCUUUUUCCCCCAGUGUAUAUGUAAGACCUUAAUGUAUUCUUGCUUUUUAUUCUACCAAAAAAUAUAUUUGUGUAUCAUGUCA